GAUAUGCUUGUGAACUUGGGGGAGCGUCUUUGCUUAUUCACAUGUGAUGGAGCACACUGCGUAUCAGAGUGGUAAUGUGAACAACAUUUAUUAAGACCAAUUUGUUUAAAUAAAAGCGUGUAUUAGGUAGUUACUGUCACAGGUGACAAACUACGUGUAAUUGUUGGUGUGAUUUCAGUAAAACUAGUGAAGGUUGAGACAUUGUUGGAAUGUAUCUUUUUCCAUUGCUACAUAUUGAUGAAAAAUACAAUUACUCAUUUCUGAAAAGUAAAUGUUAAGAUUUCAGUAAAUAGCUAUGCAUGCACACAAAUAGAAUGCGUGUGAGAUUCUAAAAUCUGAAUGACAAACGAUAGCAUGGGCAAUAAGUUUUUGUAGCAUAUCACAUUAUCAUUUAAGCAAUGGUCUCUCAUACACAUCGUUUCAGGGGUCUUGAUUUUCGGCCGCAGUACAAGGAUGUCAGCCAGAUUUAUUCGAUCCUCCAUAAGAACACGAGGUGGCUAUUUCUAACUGCAACAUGCACAGACGAGCUGAAAGUCAAGAUCCUCUCAGUUUUGAAUCUCGCUAAGGCAACUAUCAAGACAGUUGCCUUAAUACCGGACAGGAAGAAUAUAUACCUUGGUGUCAAGGCACACAAAGGUUUAGAUUACAUGGAGGAAGUGAAGUGGCUUGUGGAUCACACCAGACUGAAGGGUUGCGAUGCUGACAAAACCAUAAUAUACUGCAGGUGAUUACUUACACUAGAUAAGAGGCACGUUUAGAUUUCCAUCACCAGUCAGAAAAAUAUUGAAUAUAUUGUAUCGCCGCGGGGAUACUAUGGUUUCA